UAGUUCUAUUGCCUUUUUAAAAAAUUAGCGGCAAGAAGCCGCAACUCUUACCUAUCAUGGAGCAGUAUACAAACGAACUUUCUUUAUCUGUAGCGGAAGGCUAUUUCGUUACGGAAAUAAGUGAUAGUAGCGGACGUCGAGCGAGCAAUGACACAAGUAUAACUGUCGCGCCUUAUGUAUACGAUGACUGCCCAUCAAAGGUUGAGCUUAUUAACUUUCUCACCAAACGUUUCAAGUAUUCCACUGGUAUUGGUAAUAGGAUCAGGCUGUCGUCGCUUGCCGUUUGUUGUAUCUGUUCUGUCGGAUACUCUGUAAACCAUCGCAGCGUCAGAGGCGUCACGGCGCGUGAUAUGCUAAGUAUAUGGGGAAUGCUUGAAACCGCUACAGUUAGCUCCAGUAGCGAUUUGUCGCACUGGUUACGCUCUUCUAUAGGUGAACGAAGUCAAGACGGAUAUUCUAUCUACAUGAAAGUCGAGAACACUUCUGAAUCAUCAGUUGUGACACGUCGUACUUUCGCUUCACGGAAAUUGGCUGCUAGGCCGACGGUCGUAGGUACUGCAUUUUCAGAAAUGAUGUUUGGCGAUGCUAGCACUGUGUGUAGCGCUAUGGCUGCUGAUAUGAAAAUGUUGUCUGCAUUAAGGUUUAUCGAGUCUGAACCAGUUCCUACAUUCAAGCCAGGUGGGUAUGUAGCGGAUACAUACGAGGAGAUAUGAUUACAUCUAAUAUUAAAACUUGCAGUUGUAACAUCACUGCUACUGGCAACUGCGUUGCUUCUGACACUAUGUCAUCUUGUUGUCUCGAGAUGCCUCAACUACCAGUACAGAAAGAAUGCACGCUGAAGAAAAUUGUCUGCAACUAUCCGACUAUAGCAGAACGGCUGUUCGAAAAUUUAUCUGCAUCAUAUGUUUCAUUGUUAUCUUGCAUGAUAGGAUAUAACAUGUCUAAAGGAGAGAGAAAGAGAUAUCUGAAUCCCUUGCGUGAUCUUCCAGAAUAUAAAGAAUGGAUAGAAAAAGAAGUUGCAUUAGGGUCUAGAGUGUUGCUGAUAUCAAAGAGUUCGCCUAGUCUCAUAGCUAGAAUUCUUCAUCCAAUGAAGUACUGGAACAGCAAGAGAACGAAAGACGAGAAAAUAAGAAUACUUGUAUUUUGCUUCCCAGGUAAUGGUGAAGAAACACCUCGUAUACCAAAGAUUCAUAUGAAUGAUCUUAACCCUAUGAGCCUUGUAGAUCAUCGCUUUAUUAAACCGGUUAUAAAAGAAUAUAAAAUUAGAGACGAUCAGUCAUUAUCAGUAUUAUUCACAUCCUAUACUGUGCUCAAAAGGAUAGGGAUGCCGUCUGUUCUCAGACUAAACUCCGAAGAACUCAACACAUAUUACGAUCCUCCCAUAGUGUCAGUGAAAAGAGGGGAUGAUGAAAGAAAUUAUAUAUUUACAUCGUCUAUAAAUAUUCAUAACGGAUAUUUUAGUAUGUCAGUAUCAAGUUCAGAGCCGUAUGGUACUGGGGUACACAAUGAUAGUGCCAUUAUACUGGCCAUGGAAGAUUUGCAUUCUUACACAAGGCUGUGUAUAGACGGCAACGACGGAUGCUCCCAUAAAAGUAAGAAUAUGGAUCCGCUGACAUUAAGAAUGACUCAGGAUUUUGCCCUUCCUGGCAUUAGAAACUUGUUUGUCGGAUAGGUGUCAAGAUCACGUGUGAGCGGCACACAUACAGGAUUCUACCUAGGUCUCGGUGCAGUAGCGAUGCCAGUUUGUCAAUUUUAAAAAUCGUUAUAUAGUACAAGUGUCGUCAAUCUUUAUAUAAGUACAGUAUCACUGCUCCACUAACCUUAAGUUAUUAACAAAACUGUUCCAGGAUCUAGAUUCAGACACAGACAAGAGUGCGUCUCUGAAAGCACUACAAACUCUCGGCAUCCGCGAAGGUUUUCCCUGCAGUCUAAAGCUCCCGUCACCGUAUACAUGUAUGCAUGUGUUCUUGUUCGGUUCAUACCUGUUGUCACUAGGAUCUGGAGCUGACGUGAUCUUGUACGAUGAUGUCUUCACGUCAUAGACACAGGUGCUGUAAUCUGGAAAGUAUGCUCUCAGUAUAUCCAUACAUUGUCUUGAUAUAGACUUAAGAACUG